GCUGAGAAGCAACAUUUUCUAACUAUUUCAACUAUAAACUAACUAACUAACUUGUAUCGUUGAUAGAUAGGUUGUUGGUGUUGUUCAUCACCGUGUCCGUCCCGAUGUAUGUCCACACCACGAUUGUCCUUUUCGCCAUCUGCUUUUCAACAUGUAGAGCCUUUGAGCAGCCCGUGGCUGGGGCUGUGGGAGCAGAUCUGAACUCGUGUUCCGAGGAAAGCAAUACUGGCAAAGGUCGGUACCACCCGAUGCUGGGGGUAAAUCACUGGAGAGCGUGCGGAGAUGGAGACGCAGGAGAGCCCCUCUUUCUGACGCAGUUCCUGAAGAACGGCUCCGUAGAGAAAGCAGUGGAGCUGAGUCGAGUCACUGGCAUCAGUAAUCUCACUAGUUUUUCUGGCUUUCUGACGGUGAACGAGAAGCUGUCCAGCAAUAUGUUUUUCUGGUUUUUCCCGGCGCAGACCGACCCGGAGAAUGCACCGGUGCUGUUAUGGUUACAGGGUGGCCCGGGCGCGUCGUCCCUGUUCGGAAUGUUCGUAGAGAUCGGACCGCUCAUGGCGACCGAAGCGGGAGAGUUUGUGAACAUGCCGGUAACAUGGAAUAGCAAGUACUCGCUGCUCUUCAUUGACAACCCGGUCGGGACUGGCUUCAGCUUCACCCAGUCCGACGCUGGCUACGCAACCAAUCAGGCGGAGGUGGCACGCGACCUGUACGCCGGCCUGACACAGUUCUUCUCCAUCUUCACGCAGUACCAGAAGAACGAUUUCUACGUGACCGGGGAAUCUUAUGCCGGCAAGUACUGCCCGUCCAUUAGCCAGCGUAUCAUAGAGGGUAAUCGUGCGGGCGAUGGCGUGCACAUAAACUUCCGCGGGAUGGCGAUCGGCGAUGGCUGGAUCGAUCCCAUCACCAUGACGCCAGUCUAUCCCGACCUCCUGCAGCAAAUGUCCGCCAUCGACGCCGCGCAGGCAGAGGAGGCGGCAGGCAUCAUGCAGAAAAUCGAGCUGGCAAUCAUGUCCGGGAACUACCGCGAGGCGUUUGAAUUGGGUGACUCGUUCCUGCUGGGCACGAUGUACCCUUACCCGACAUGGCUGACGAACAACACGGGGUCCACCAACCACUACAACAUACUGCACACCACGGUUCCGGACAAAGAAAACUACUACCUGAAGCCGCUCGUACAGGACAGCGUACGGCGCGCGCUGCACGUCGGGAAUUUACCGUACAGCAGCAGUCAGGCCGUUGCGCGUCAUCUCCUGGCCGAUGUCUACAACACGUCGUUGCCGGCAUUGCGUGCCGUGCUGGCUGCCGAUGCAGCCAAGUACAAGGUCAUGCUCUACAACGGGCAGUUCGACAUCGUCGUGGGCAACCAGUUGACCGAGGCCAUGUGCCGCCAGAUGGACUGGGCUGGCAAGCGCGAGUUCUUCGCCGCGGAGCGCAAGGUGUGGCGCAUGGGCAAGACGGCGGAUGCGGAGAUCGCCGGCUACGUGAAGACGGUGCGUAAUCUCCACCAGGCGGUGGUGCGCGGAUGCGGGCAUAUGGUACCAAUGGACGAACCGGAGAGAGCGCUGGACUUGAUCAGCAGAUUCAUCGAUGACGUCCCAUUCUGAGAGCGGCAAGCGCGCCGUUGGAUUCUUAGCACUGCUUGGCGUACCAUUGCUGAACGAAGCGCAGUUCCGUGUGUGAACAUGGUUACAGUUAAUUCCAGUCCACAUGCCGUGUAGCCCAUGUGCAGCAUACUGUACGACAUAGCACGAUAAUACAUGGACUUGUGGCACGCCAUGCUGCUACGCUCCAGCACAGGAGUGCACUGCACAGGUUGGCGGCGUCACGGGCUCCAAUGAGCGCUGCCAUCAGGGUGGCUAUACUCAGUCUCUCUCUCUCUCUGUUGACGUGUGGCAAGCCACACUGCCACGCUCUAGCACAGGAGUACUCUAAACAGGUUAAGUGCCGUUGUUGUCGUGACGACUGUGCGUGCCGAUAACAUUUCGUCAAGCGGACACUUAAUUUUCCUUAGUUUUGUCAACGGAUGGGCCUUUCCAAGGUUUUUCACGGUACAUGUACAGCACAAAGCAGCCGUAAAAUGGUUCUAAGGAUCCGCAAACUCCAUUUCAACAAUUUGCACAUUACUCUUUUUUUUCAAAUACUCAACCCAAACACGCAUACACGGUACUAACUCUUUGCUGCAACCGACUUUCUAGAUUUGUGCAUGGUCAAUCUUCAGGGUGAAGCAGUAAACUAAAGACGAGCGACCGAAAAUUAGAGUUGAUAUGCCGGGCCGUGAGGUGCAGAUGAGAAGUAAAACUGAGAAGAACAUGA